CUGUUCAAUACAAUGGCUCCAAGGAAAAGAAGAUCAGAAGAAAUUGUUGAUGAAAAUAAAAUUAAAAUAAGAAAAUUGGAUACAAUUACAUUUCGAGACAUGGAAUCGAAUAUUAAAAAUUGGAAGCUCAAUGUUCGCAUUAUCCACAAAAGCGAAGUAAAAAAUUAUCCAAAUUGUAAAUUAUUUACAAUGGAUUUAUUGGAUUCAACAGCCCAGUUUAAAUGCACUGUGUUUAAUUCGAAUGUGGCCAAAUUUUAUGAUUUGUUAAAUGUUGGUGAACAAUAUUUAAUUGCUAAUUUUUCGAUAACUACACCGAAUCCGAAGUUUAAUGUUUAUAAUAAUAUUAUUGAAAUCCAAUUAAAUCAGGAUACUGUAAUAGAAAAUGUAGACGAAGAUGAAGGAAAUUCACAAAUUCCUACAUCUUGUUAUAAUUUUAAAACGUUGGAAGAAAUAAAACUUCUAGAGAAAGGAAAAUUUACUGAUUUAUGCGGAAUUGUCAAUAAUGUGGGAGAUGAGGAAGAAGUAGUUGACAAGAAUGGUAAACCUCUUUUUAAGAAAAAAACGUUCACCAUCAAUGAUAUGGACAACAAUAAGAUUGAUAUAUCCUUGUGGAAUGACAAUAUUUCAAAAUUGUCAGUAAAGAUAAAUGAUAUUUUUAUCAUAAAAUGUGGAAAAGUCCAGAAGUUUGAUUCAAAAACAUAUAUUUCAGUUGUUAAGGACACACAAAUUAAAAUCAACGAUUUAACAAUUCCUGAAGCUAGUAGUUUGGAUGCCUACUUGAAGAAGAAUCAAGUUAAGAAUUAAGUACACGGAGA